UCGUAGUUAUAUAUGCUUAUUCCCGCUGAUGGUUGGCUCCGAGGUGUGUAUACUGUGGAUGUGUUAAAAAGGGUCGAAUCCGUCAUAUCACGGGUGAGAGAUGUUGAGCUUCGACUCAUAGCCGAGCCGCAGGGAGAGGGGAGGCGGGGCGGGGAAGGCAGUAAGUGGAGUUUUUACCUUUGGCCUCUUCUCUCUCCUUCGGCCAUUGAUCGUAGCUGGCUGGAGAAGGGGAGACGAACGACGAGUGUAAGCAGUGGAAGAGAGAGAGCGAGAAAAGAAAGAGACCAUUGAUUGAUUCCCGGUGCAGCCAAGUCAGAGCCCUUCCAACACUUGGCCGUCCCUCCUCAGAAACAUCCACCACUCACGAACCUGUUCCCCAACCCCUUUUUCCCAUCUCCCCUGCCCUCUUCUCCGAACCUCCCACCCUCCUCUUCCUCCUCCUAUCCUCAUUGCAUUUAUUUCCCCACCCCCCGCCCUCCUCUUUCCUCUCGCUCUAUCUAUACUUCUCGUAUUCACCACCACCAUCAUCAUCUCGACCUUUCCCAUUCCCACCACUAGCUAAGCGACAGUCGUUGCCGCUGCCAUGGCCGGGACGAGCAAGCUGGAGGCGCCCGUCGCCUCCUCCCUCAGCAGCCCCCUCGACGCGGCGGAGCACCGAGCCACCCGACGGAGGAAGAUGGUCGCCAAGCAGCGCGGCCGAAGGACCCGCCGUCGCCCUGCGUCCGACGCCGACGCGGCCUCUGGAUCCGUGCUGGAUUUGAAUGUGCCAGCCCUUGAUCCUGAUCAAGCUGUGGAUGGUUUGAGAUUUCUGCUGCAAAAGGAGCUCAGGAACAGUGAUGUUAGCCAACUCGGAAGAAUCGUUCUCCCAAAGAAAGAAGCAGAGUCCCACCUUCCUAAUCUGACCUCCAGGGACGGCAUCGCCAUAAACAUGGACGAUUUGGAGAACCUUCAAGUCUGGACCUUCAAGUACAGAUUUUGGCCCAAUAAUAGGAGCAGGAUGUACAUACUGGAGAACACGGGCGACUACGUCAAGGAGCAUCACCUCGAGCUUGGGGAUUUUAUCAUGAUAUACAAGGAUGACAGCAAAGACCGAUAUGUAAUUCGAGCCAAGAAGGCCGGAAGCUCAGAGCCUUCGGUUGCACCUGCAGAUGACGGGAUCUUCGACUCCAUCUUGCCGGACAUUGUGGUCGGCAGCGUGAGAUACUCGGACCUCUUUUUGCCACUGGCGGAAGGCAUGAACGUUGCAUAUGGCUACGGACUAAGCUACGCGUUCGAGGAAGAUUUCCCCAUGACAUUCCCUGAUGGAAGCACCGGGAGCUAACCAGUCGGUGCCCAUGUUCGGAUGGGAGCCCGUCAUUUAACUAUGUUUGUGAUUCUCAUGACUUCAAACAUACACUACACCUUAAAAUAAGCAGCAACCACAAAACUCUCCA